AGCCCCGGCGGGCGAACUUCGCGGAGGCAUCCUCAGCAAGGCAAGGCAGGGGCUUUCUGGCUGGCUGAAAGAGAACAAAAUGAGCCCAAGACGGACUUUUCUCUUCCUCCUCCUGGCAGGAGCAAUCGCCGUGCUUCAGUGUCAGGACCUGUUUGUACGCAUUACCCAAAGUGGCCGAGAAAGUCAACUAAGAAGAGGCAAGUGCAGAGACCCCUACACCAAACAGGCCUACAGUUGGAAGGAGAGUUGGCUCCGCCGCGUCAGAGAGAGAACGGAGUAUUGUCGGUGUGAGAACAGCGGCAUCUUCUGCCACGCAGUCCCUGUCAGAGGCUGCAUAAAGCCACUUUGCCUCCACGGGGGCCGCUGCCAGAAAGCCCUUUAUUCCCCCAACCUUUUCAUUUGCUUCUGCCCACCGGGCUUCUCGGGGAAAUUCUGUGAAAUUGAUACCAGAGCUGUGUGUUACCAGGGUGGAGGGGACACGUACAGGGGGACGUGGAGCACAACCGAGAGCGGUGCGGAAUGUGUGAACUGGAAGACCAAAGCUUUGCGCUUCAAAGGGUUCCACGCAGACCGGCCAGACGCCUUGCAGUUGGGGCUUGGUGAUCACAAUUAUUGCCGGUAAGAGGCCGAAUCCAGCAGCUUGCCAGUCUGCAGCUCCUUCAAAGGGGGUUUCCAAACUAAAGAAUGAAAAGAAAAAGGGGGGGACUUUCUCCAUCCAACCUAUCCCUUUUUCCGAUCCUUUGCCGCAGAAAAACAUUCCUGUGUUUUGGGAAGAGGCACCGACUAUCGGGGCAGCCAUCACCAAACAGCAUCGGGGUUGACAUGUCUGAGGUGGGACUCCCACCUCAUUGACAAGAAUGUUUACAACGCCCUUCAUCCCGAUGCCCGCCGUCUAGGCCUCAGCAGCCACAACUACUGCAGGAAUCCUGACAAUGACACUCAGCCGUGGUGCAAUAUAUUCAAGAAUGGUGUGACAAAAUGGGAACAUUGUGACGUGCCAGUCUGCUCCACUUGCGGGCUGAGGAAGCACAAAGUGGCCGAGAUCCAGAUCAAAGGCGGUGCAUAUUCAUAUAUUGAGUCGCACCCGUGGCAGGCGGGCAUUUUUGUGAAGAACCGAGGUCUAGAAGGUUAUCACUGUGGUGGGAUCCUCAUCAAUUCCUGCUGGGUUCUCUCAGCUGCUCACUGCUUUCCAAAGGGGAGCUUUCAUCCCCGACGCCUCAAAGUUGUCCUGGGCCGGACAUUCCGUGUGAAAUCCUCCGCCACAGAGCAGAUCUUCCAGGUAGAGAGAUACAUUACACAUGAGAAGUACGACCCCAGGACUUUGGACAAUGACAUUGCCCUGCUGAAGUUGAAACACCCUUUUGAAAACUGUGUCACAGAGACGGACAGCGUCCAUCCCGUUUGCCUCCCCAAAGCUGGACUCCAGCUGCCCGACUGGACGGAGUGCGAGGUGUCCGGAUAUGGGAAGCACGAAAUGUCUUCGCCUUUCCACUCAGAACGUCUGAAGGAAGGACACGUCAGGCUCUACCCAGACAGCUCCUGUACACCUGCACGACUUGCAAAUAGGACCGUCACCGAGAAUAUGUUGUGCGCAGGAGAUACGCGACAACUUCACGACGCCUGCAAGGGCGACUCCGGAGGCCCCCUGGUUUGUCUGAACGAUGGGCGCAUGAGGUUAAUCGGUAUCAUCAGCUGGGGGGUGGGCUGUGGCACCAAAAACACGCCGGGCGUUUACACGCGCGUGGUGCGCUACCUGAACUGGAUCCAGGAGAACAUCCGUGUCUGAGUCUUCGGGGCUUCCUUGCACCAGGGAAUCGCACCUCGGAAACGAGGCUGGGAAGCCGGUAUCACUCGGGGGGCGGGCGGGGGGGGGGAAGACACACGCUUUGGGUGGGGCCUCCCUCUUGCAACGACGGUCUGUGCGGCCGGGUUUAGGAACCGGGCUAGAACGAUAGUAUUGGCGUUUGUUUAUUUUCCCCCUUCAAGAAGCACUUCUAGACAUACCUAAGGCUGGAUGCUUACAGGUAAUUGGUUAGGACAACGGAGACCAGAAUUUUUGUCGCCGAGAGAGACAGUGAAGUGAGUUUUGCCCCGCUUUACGACCUUUCUGGCCAUGAUUGUUAAGUGAGUCCCUGCGGUUGUUCAGUUAGUAAGCCCGUUGUUAAGUGAAUCCGGCUUCCCCGUUGACUUUUGUCUGCCAGAAAGUCGCCCGUGACUCCCCAGAACACGGCAACCGUCGUAAAUACAAGUCAGUUUGCCAAGCCUCUGGAUUUGGAUCACGUGACCCUUAGGGAAUGCUGCGACGAUCCCGUGAGAAGCAGUCUUAAGUCCCUUUUUCCAGUGCUGUUGUAACUUCGGUCACUAAAUGAACUGUUGUAAGUUGAGGACCACCUGUAUUAGUUACAACAUCACCUGAGCCCUGCCUCUGCCUCUAGUCUUCUUGCAAAGGCCUCCUUUGGGGAGACUGAGAGUAGAUGGGCCCUGGGCUUCCUCAAAUAUGCCUCCUCUAUUUUAUUUAUUUUUUAAAAAAAUCCUCUUUCUAUAAAUUAAGGGAAGCAAUUUCAAGGUCUUUUCUACAAAACUGAAGAAAUCCUUGGGGGGAAAACCUAUAUAUAUAUAUAAAGGAGGAAUCGGUAAUCACUUUGGGCACCCCCUCCCUCCAUAAAACUUCAAAGAUUAUUUUUAUACUCUGUAAAUAUUUCACAUUUUCUGUAUAAAAUCAAAACCCUGUUUCCCGGUGUGCAGAGUUUAGUCUUCUGCUCACCAAAAAGACUAUUGGGAAUCAUCUCCAGUAUGUUUGAAUGCAUUAAACUUUUUCAAAUUAAAGUUAUCCUCGUUUUGCUCGUUGUCCUUCACACCAUACCUGACACACACAGAGUUUGCCUGCUAUGUUUCUGUACGAUUUACUGGCCUAUGGCUGGGGAAAUUUGAAGGGGGACACGGCUAAAAUGCCCACAGCUGCUUCAUAUUAUCGAAUAAAUGACCUUAUUUACAUGCAUCAGAUUAUACACAUAUUCUCACCGCAGCUUGUAAAAGACAUUUAUGCUUGGAGCAGCUGGCUUUAAUGGAAAAGGAUGUGAUUGUCUCUCUCUGUGGUC